ACUUCAGAAUAGGUCUGCCUGUGUAAAUGCAGCCAUUAUGUUGCAGAUGAGUUGUUCUUAGGAGAUCACCUAUCUGAAAACUCAUGCAUUGCUCAUUGUUCACCCUUCAUUGAGUUCUUAUUUAACACCACUAUGCUUUAUGAAUAAGUCAAAGUGAUGUGGUCUGUAUAGGCUACUGGUGCAGACAAGAACAUAUAAUGGGGUUUAUGAUGCUAGUUAUAUGGGUGUAAAAUAGAUUGACUUUCACUUUUCACAGCAAUUGACUUUCAUUUGUUUCCUGUAGAUCACAUGGUCAAAUAAAGGCAGGAGGGGAGGUGGGUGGGAGACUGCACAGCUUAUCUCAGAGGGAUCUGUCAUAAUCCACAAUGGAACGCAGAGAGGUGCCAAGAUUGAUGAAGUACUACACCAUCACCACCGACAAUUCUAUGGAUUCUCAUAUCCAGUUUAUGCAACAACUUGGAGGAGGCUUCACUGAAGUGAUGUCACCAGAGCAGAGUGAUGUCAUCAUGGCUUUCUGUCCCAUCGUCUCUCGUGCUGGUACUGAUAUUGAGGCAGCACUGCAGCAGAUUCCAGAGGGUAAAGAUGUCAUUCUGGUAGUCCUGCAUCACUAUUUUAACCCAAACUGCACUGCACCUGACAGCAGCAGUCUAGUGACCAGACGUGAUGUAAUACUCACAGUGGACUGUCUGUUCCAUGAGAGUAAGGGAGGACUACUGAACUGUCCUCUUAAUGAAGAAGCCGUUAAAGAGAUUAGGAAGAAGCUUGACAUACAUCCUGAGACCAAAGACCAGAUGGACAGUGGGUGGACGAUUUUCAAUGUCUGUUGUACAAUAGUUGUAAUCUUGGCCAUUGGGACUUUUUUUAAAGAAAAUGAUUUCAGAGAAAUAUGCUUAGCUUUUUGGCUGCAUGUCUGUUCCAACAGUGAAUCAAUGAUAACCUCACAACUGUGGAAGUGGGGCCAAUUCUAAACAUGUUUCCCACCAGAUAUACAUUUUCUGAUGUGAUAUCCUUCAAAAAUAGUAAAAGAGCAUAGAGGACUUGCCA